AUGUUGAAGAGCGUGUUGUCGGUGAAAUGCAGGGCGUAUAUAAGGGACUACUGCAAGAGGAACGGUCUGCUGACACUGUCGGUCAUAGCCGUGGUGACGGGCUGUGUGCUUGGAUUUGUCCUCAGGUCACUGAACCUGUCCACACAGGCUAAGAUCUACUUCUCCUUCCCUGGAGAACUGCUGAUGAGGAUGUUGAAGAUGUUGAUUCUGCCGCUCAUCACCUCCAGUCUUAUGUCGGGCCUGUCAGCCAUGGACACGAAGGCAAGCGGUCGGCUGGGAGUCCUGACCAUCACCUACUACCUGUGGACGACCUUCAUCGCCGUCAUCGUCGGCAUCGUGCUGGUGCUCAUCAUCCACCCGGGGACGGGCUCAGAAAAAGAUGGCCACCAUGCAAGUUCAGGGCCUGUUAUGACCUCCGCUGACGCCCUGCUGGACCUCAUCAGAAACAUGAUCCCGUCAAAUCUAAUCGAAGCAACUUUUCAGCAGUACCGGACCGACCUGGUUCCUAUUGUGCAGAGCUCUGAUGUUAAAGAGUCUCAGGCCAACUAUGUGUACGUCAUGCCCGACUACCACAACCCUCAGCUGGGUCACCCAGUCUUCCUGGAGAUCACCCCUGCACCCGACAUCAAGUACAAGAUUGUUCCCAGUACCAGCAAGGGCAUGAACGUACUGGGGAUCGUCAUCUUCUCAGCCACCAUGGGUCUGCUCUUGGGGAAGAUGGGAGAACGUGGAGCGCCGCUGGUCAACGUGUGCCAGUGCAUCAACGAGUGCGUCAUGAAGAUCAUCAACGCUGCCAUGUGGUACUUCCCCUUCGGCAUCGUGUUCCUUGUGGCGGGGAAGAUCCUGGACAUGCACGACCCGGCACACCUGGGAGAGAAGCUGGGCAUGUACUUCAUCACGGUGCUGUCGGGUUUGUUUGUGCACGGCCUCAUCCUGCUGCCUCUCUUCUUCUACUUCUUCACCCGCAAAAAUCCCUUCCCCUACAUCAGAGGGCUGCUGCAGGCCCUGGUCAUCGCGCUGGCCACGUCAUCCAGCUCGGCCACAUUGCCAAUCACCAUGAAGUGUCUCCUGGAGAACUGUGGAGUGGACCGGCAGAUCGCUCGCUUCGUGCUGCCGGUAGGAGCCACCAUCAAUAUGGACGGCACAGCCCUGUACGAGGCAGUGGCGGCCAUCUUUAUCGCUCAGGUCAAUGAGUAUGACUUGGACUUUGGCCAGCUGGUCACUAUUAGUAUAACGGCGACGGCAGCCAGCAUAGGGGCAGCUGGGAUACCUCAAGCGGGUCUGGUUACCAUGGUGAUCGUCCUGACUUCCGUGGGGUUACCGCCUGCUGACAUCUCACUGAUUGUGGCCAUCGAUUGGGUCCUCGACCGCUUCAGGACGAUGAUCAACGUUCUCGGGGAUGCCUUAGCUGCUGGGAUAAUGGCUCAUUUAUGCAAGAAGGACUUUGAAAGAGCAGCCGGUGCUCGGACAGAGACUCCGACUCCUUCCAAUAAUGGAGCUACUAACCAAAGGAGAGACACGGUCAUCUCCUUUGGCAAUCAGAGCGUGGCGUUGUCCGACGCUCCUCUCAUCGCACACCGCUGCGAUUAUGUGUUCGAUGUGGAUGGAGACUGCGUGACUGAGAGACCCGUGGCCUGCUACAACCUCUGCCAAGUCUAGAGCACCUUCACACGACUGGCCCGCAAGAGAAACUGCCUUCUACAGCACAGAGAUUCACCUCCCGGGUCCGAAGGAGACCGUCGUCUGAGGCCCACAAAAAUCCAGCUUGGUUACAACCUUCACCUAAACCUUCAUUACUUGAUGCACUGUCUGUGUGCGUUCAGAGGAGACAGGACACAUAACACCUAAAUCCUACAUAGACACUCUGAAUGCACCCACAGACGUGAUAAUGUGCUGCACUGAUGUGUAGCAGAUGGAUUAGUGUUUUUCAGUCAGUGGUAGCAGAGAUUCACGGCCAUGUGUUCAGACCAAAUCAGAUUCAGAGUUUUUUUUUUUCCCUGCUACGCCUGAUUUGGUCUGAACGAGGCCUUUUUUUAGACUUCAGUCAAGGUUUUGAGAUGCCUUAACACGAUUUCAGUCUCGACAAUGAAGCUGAGAACUUGAAAGACUUGAAAGUAAACAGUAAGUGAUCAACAACAAGCAAAUUUGUAUUUCAUUGAAGUGAACCUUUAUGUUAGACAAUGCAUUUAUGCAUAGAUAUUGAAACAUGAAUAUGAACAUUUACAUGGCUUUGAUUAGAUAUGUUUAUUUUUAUACCUAUGCUCUCAACUUUGUUUGUUUUUUAAA